ACUUGUUGAGCCGGUGUAAUCAUCAUUCACAUCUGAACAACACCAGCCGGCGGUACUCCUACACUGCAUUCUACUACAACAACUCGUGACUUGAAUUGUGUUUUAAAUUCUAUUAGUAUGUGACCUUUGUGAUCAUUAGACAACAAUUACUUAUCGUAGUUUAACUUGAUUGUUUGUGUACAUCACGUGACACAAAAUGGCCAAGACUGUGCUAAUGAUAUUGUUGACAAUUAUACUCGGACUCGAUUUUGGUGCUGCAUACAAGAUUCUCGUUGUUUUCCCGUUCCCGAGCUCGAGUCACGGAAUUCUGGGAGAUGGAUUUGUGAGACAUCUUUUAGGCGCCGGACAUGAGGUAACAUACAUUACUCCAUUUGUGAAGGACAAGCCUCAUCCCAACCUUCGGCAAAUCGACGUUAAAGCAGAAAAAAAGCAUUUUCCAAAUGUAUUGAACAUUACUGAAAUUUUGAAUAACAAAACGCCGCUACAAGAUAUUAACUUCAUUUUUGGAAUGAUGCUCAAUCUCUCCCGGAACAUUCUUCAUAAUGAGAACGUCCAGCGAUUAAUUGAUGAUCCGAGUCAGCAUUUCGAUUUGGUAAUAGGAGAAUGGAUGUUCUCGACUGCGUAUUGCGGGUUUGGAGUGGUCUUCGAUUGCCCGUGCAUUGUGUUUUUCCCGGCUGAGUUUCACCAAGUUGCGUUGAGCAUAAUCGACGAACCACCAAAUCCUGCGUACACACGAAGCGUGCAGUUACGCAGGGCCCUCCCAUUCUCUUUUAAGGAUCGAGUGAUGUCAUUAUUCUUGCAAGCUGUUACUCUCUUCACCACGGCUUUUAAAUUUGAACCAGCGGAGAGUGUAGUGUAUGAAAGUGCUUUUAGCAGGGUUAUGACAAAAAAAGGUAAAAGCUUGCCGACGUUUGACGAAAUGAAAUCCAACAUCGCACUGAUAUUAUACAAUUCUCAUGUGUCAAUGGGUUCAAAUGUCAGAUCUCCGCUCAAUUACGUUCCUAUCGGAGGCUAUCAUAUUGACACUGAAGGCAAGCCAUUGCCGGAGGAUUUACAGAAAAUAAUGGAUGAAUCUAAAAACGGCGUAAUAUACUUUAGCAUGGGAUCAAAUUUGCAAAGUAAGGAUAUACCAGACGAAAUUAAAAAAAACCUCCUGAACAUGUUCGGUGGAUUGAAACAGACAGUUUUAUGGAAGUUUGAGGAGCAAUUGCCCAAUCGUCCUAAAAACGUUCACAUAUUGAAGUGGGCUCCACAGCAGAGCAUUUUAGCCCAUUCUAAUUGUAUUUUAUUCAUAACACACGGGGGCCUUCUGUCCUCGACGGAAGCUGUUCAUUUUGGGGUUCCAAUAAUCGGUAUCCCAACCUUCGCUGACCAGUUCACAAACAUCGAAACCGCUGUUCAAAGAGGUUUUGCAAAGAAAGUGGAUCUAUCGUACUCCAUGGCUGAAGACCUUAAAGUUGCUAUUGAAGAUAUUUUGAAAGAUCCUAAGUAA